AUGGCAGCAUCGGAUGGUAUCCCGUUGAGCAAAUUUUGUACUUCUGAAGACCUAAGGCAUGUUUUCAAAAAAUCCGGCUACGAUCUACCGAAAUCGCCAACAACUAUAACCAGGAUAGUUUUAGAGCUACAUGAUAAUACAAAAAACGCACUGAUACGUCUUUUAAAGGAAAUGAAGUCCCAAAACAAAAGAUUUACAAUGACAUUUGAUGAGUGGACCUGUACCCGAAAUAAAAGAUAUAUGAAUAUAAAUAUCCACAGUAAAGAUCUCGAACCAGCUAAUUACAAAAAUUUGGGUCUGGUGAGAAUAAAAGGUUCAAUGCCAGCAGAUGUAGGAACUCAGCUAAUACAACAACAUUUGAGCAACUUCGGACUUAGCCUCGAAGACAUAGUUGCUUUCACAACAGACGGAGCCAGCGUAAUGGUUAAAAUGGGCAAAAAUUUUGACGGCCACCAUCAAUUGUGUUUCGCCCACGGCAUACAACUUGCGGUUCUCGAUGUGCUAUAUAAGUCAAAGAACCAGUCAACGCAUUGCAUGCAUUACGACUCUGAAGAUUCUGAAGAAAACUAUGGAGGAUUUGAUAUCUAA